AAAAAAAAAACAAAACAAAGCGACAAAUAAUAUUUUGAAAUUACUCAUAUUAGAAAAGCAAAACUAAGACCCAAAAUGGACUCCGAAGCAACAGGCGCCGCCGUCCCGACAGGCGUGAUACCACCACACAUACACGAUACGGACCAACUGCUGGAUCCCGUGCUCUUCUCGAACGACAAUGGCACCUUCAAGCUGAAAACGGUGCCCGCAUUUAGCAUACACUUGCUUAUCUCUUCGGUUAUUUCGUGUGUGGGCAUCGGCCUGGCGGCUCUCUGGCCUGCGGAACGACGCUGCGACGCCUACUUUAUAAUGCUCUACUUGCGCGCCACCUUCUGGGUCAUCACAUAUCUCUUUGAUCACUUCGUGAAGAUUCAACAUGAUAAUCUACGGCUGAGCGGCUACCAUGAUUUUCAUCGCGAGACGAACAUGCAAAAGGGCAUACCACUGCAGGUGGUUUCCCUGUGGAACUCCAUGCUGCUGGCUGUCCAAGCCAUGAUCCAUCAUUGCUAUGGCGAGAGCUUUUGGGAGCACUGUGCCGCCGGCUGGCUGUCGCCCGUCAGCUAUGUGACGGCAUUCACUGUGGCCGAGAAUGUGGUGCUGGCCAUUUCCCAUGGCUGCUAUAUUGACAAGGUGAGAAAAUUCAACAAGGCCAAUCUGGCGCCAGAUGUCCUACGUGGCACCGAUCAAGUGGGCGGCUCCUUGGGUCUGAUGCAGCCCGGCGGCGACACAGCCGAGCUGCUGGAGAAGCAAGCGGAUCUCAUUGCCUAUCUGCGGGAUCAUUCGCACAAGCUCAACCUAAAGCUGCACCAAAUGCAGACAAAUGUGCGGCCUGUGCGCACCCCUCAGAUUCCUUAAGCAAUACCCAAACAAAGGACAAAUUUAUACACUUCAUAUUAUUACGUAUUUACCAUACAUAUAUUCGUUUUAUUGGCGCUUUUCCUUUUAUUCUAUUACUCUCGGUUCAAGACAGACAUAUUACGCCCAAUUUGUAAAUACAAAAAGAACAAAAAAGUAUGUUGAUAUCCAUUCGCAGAUGGAAGAGAAAUAUCAGUAUGAUUGUAAAUUUAUAUACAAACAAGUGCGCGAGUGUGAUUGUUAUUAAAAUUAAAUUUAAUCUAU